AUGUCCUCCCGCGAGAUCCGCGUGGGCUAUGUCCCCGAACAUUACCUUUUACCUCUGCAUUUCUGCAAGAGAGGUGACCUAUUCCCUCCGUCAAUACGUAUCACACUCGUUCCUUUUCCCUCGGGUACCGGACAUAUGAUCACGUCGCUCCGUUCCCACGAGAUUGACCUUGCAAUUGGGCUGACAGAAGGCUGGGUGGCUGGGUUGCUGAAUCCCAGUAUGCACACCAAGUCCGCAGACGAAAAAGGAUAUUCCAUAGUGGGUUCUUGGGUAUCUACACCACUGCGCUGGGCGAUUGUCACAGGGCGGAACCGCAGUGAGAUCAACUCGGUGGACGAUUUGAAGGCUCAUCGUCGAGUCGGCGUAAGUAGGCUUGGAAGUGGAAGUCACGUCAUGGCUUUUGUCCUGGCUCAACAAGAAGGUUGGUUGCGACCGACGGCAGACUCCAGGUCCGAGGCCCUCACGGCCGUGCCCUUGGGUCCAUUCAAGGACCUCCGUGAUGGAGUGACGGGUGCGAGCGCCGAUUUCUUCAUGUGGGAACAUUUCACCACCAAACCGUAUUUCCACGGUGAUGAUACCCCGCUCAAGAAGAUCGGAGAGAUCUACACACCUUGGCCGAGCUGGCAGAUCGCAGCGUCAACCUCGACGUUCCCAGAUCCUUCGUCGGACGCAACAUUGAAGGAAAUAUUUGAGUCCUUCGACCGGGGGGUCAACAUCUUCAAUUCUGACCCUGACGUAGGGAUUCGGAUGCUAGGCACCGGUGAGGCUGGCUGCCAUUAUUCAGAAGAAGAUGGGAGAGAAUGGUUGAAAGAUGUGCGCUUCGUGGAGGGAACCAGGGGAGUAGACCCGAGAGUCAUGAGCGGGGUCGCGGACGUGCUGAAGACCGCGGGCGUGAUCGGUGCAGACGUAGAGAUUCAAAACGGGGACGGGGUAAUUGGUAUUGCGAGGGAGUGA